AUCCACAGAGCAGAGCAGUGAUUAAAAGAGGAGAAGGAGAGAAGAGGAGAUGGUCAGGAGCAGGCAAAUCAGGCUCAUUUUUAAAUGAAGAGGUUCAGGAUAUGAUAUAUAUUUAGUGCCGCUGUCGUGGGAUUUACAGAAGCCGUAGUAUGACACUGUACAUUUCUGAAAUUGCUUUAAUAAGUAACAGAGAAAUGUCACAAGCAACAUCCGGAUGGAAACUCUGUUCCUUUUCCGCUGGCUGUCUGUUCACCAACAUGUAAAUAAUUGGAUCUUACAUCAGAAAUCAAGGGAUUUUUCUUUUGUGUGUCUAACUUUUUCUGAGGAGUCACAUAGCUAUGUUCCUGGAUUUGGCUUAGUCUGAAACACCUAAAACAGAGGGAAUGAAGAACAAGACAGGCAAGCAGAACUCCAAGGGGAAGGAAAGUGUGAGUGGAUUUGGUUGUGACUUGACAGAACAUCUAAAAAACUCAGGACAAGAUGUUCCUCAAGUUCUCAAGUGCUGUGCUGAAUUUAUUGAGAAACAUGGAAUUGUUGAUGGAAUAUACAGACUCUCAGGGAUCACGUCGAACAUCCAGAGACUCAGGCAGGAAUUUGGCUCCAAGCUGAGCCCUGAUCUAACGAGGGAGGUGUAUCUUCAGGACAUUCACUGUGUGGGCUCACUUUGCAAGCUGUACUUCAGAGAGCUUCCAAAUCCACUGCUGACACAUGAACUAUACAGGAAGUUUUUGGAUGCCGUGUCGGGGAAGGAGGAACAUGAUCAGCUACAGUGCAUUCAGAGUGUCAUCAGAGAACUUCCCUUGUCACACUACAGGACCCUGGAGUACCUCAGUAAACACCUCACACAUCUUGCUGCUUUCAGUUCCCUGACAAACAUGCAUGCUAGAAACCUGGCCCUAGUGUGGGCUCCGAAUCUUCUCCGAUCCAAAGAAAAUGAAAUCCUUACCUGUAAUGGAGACACUGCGUUUCUGGAGGUGAGGGUGCAGCAAGCAGUGGUGGAGUUCAUAUUAAACCACAUGGAUCAGAUCUUCAACAAUAAACCUGGACAGUCUAUACCAAAAGAAGAAGGGCAGAGUUCAGCAUGUGAGCCACCGUAUGUUAUGACCAACUUUGCUGCUCCGGGUCAGUAUGCCCCUAUGAAACUGAUGAGCCUGGAAGAGGCCCAAGCUCGCACGCUGAACGCGAAGCACCCGGCGCGCAGGGAGUGCCCGCAGGAGAGCGACGCCGCCGAAGGGAGCACAACUGACGCCAAAAUGUACCACACUGUGAUCGACAUGCCCAGCAACAAAAGAAGUUUCUCAGGAAAAUCUAAGAAAUGGAAGACCAUCUUCAGCCUGGGAGGAUCCACAAAUGACACAAAGAGGAAGCUGACCUGGAACGGCAGUGUCUUCAUAAAGUCCAGCAAAUUAGCAGAAAAAGCAACAAUUCGGCCAGCCAAAAGCAUGGACUCUCUGUGUUCUCUCUCUAAAGACGAUGGUGAAUUCAAGCAGCCGACCAAAGCCCAUAUCUCAGCAGCACCUGCCUUCAAGUCACAUACGCUAGACUCCAACUGCUCAUAUGACCUCAGCAAGGAAGACGAAGAGUGGAAUUUGGAGCCCGAGAACAUGCUGGGGGCCACGGCAGACAUCCCAAAUCCAAAGAAAAAAGGGAAUAAGGGCGAUUCCCUCCCUCGGCAAAGGAAACUACCCGAACAGCUUAAAGUAUUCAAAGGUGACGACCACUGCCACCCCACCUCGCCAAAGAACAGGAGGAUGUUAUAUUCCGGCAACACCAACAGUGGCUCUUCUAGAACCUCCUUCCCAGGAAAACUCUUCCCGCUGGAAUCGUCAGCUCAGCACCCAUGCAAAGCCCUCAACAUCUCCGAGCCCUUUGCCGUGUCAGUCCCUCUACGUGUGUCUGCCGUCAUCAGCUCCAACAGCACCCUGUGCAGAGUGCUGGACAAGGACAAACACAGCCACCCGCUCCCAGAGCCCAUCAGCGAAGCUCCAGUGUCCGAAAAAAACAGAGGGAGGCGCAGCAGUAGCACACUGAAAAAGGAGGGCGUUCAGGCAGGAUCCAGUAGAAAAGUGGAAGCUGCUUGCUCCAUGGAGGCUAGAAAAGGAGAAAAUACAGAUUUGAAGGAAAGCAGCAGCAAAGGGGUUAUUUCUGAACCCCAGCUGCUGCUGCCAGUCCGAGCGAAGCAUGCACCUUGCAGACCUCCACACCUUCAGACCCAGCCGACCUCCUCAAGCACACUUGAACAAAAUGAAACUGGACAGGAGACUCUAUGUCAAGCUCAUAUGGCCACUCUGCUGCCAAAAGAACUUGUCGGAUCCGAGAAACGACUGGUGACUCCACAGAAGCACCACUCUGGACUAAGGAAACUCACCAAAACCGAUGAAAAAGCAAGUGGCAAAAGAAUGGACCAAGACUGGGACGGUAUUGACUAUGACUUAAAGGAGAUUAAGUCUAGUGUUGAUGUUGCACAAGACAAACCAAAGGCGAAGCUGAUGGCGAAAAGCAAGAGCAGCUCCCUGCUAAACGACAGAUCAAAUAGCCUCACUCUCAAUGACAAUCAUCACACUGCUAACUUUUUCACUUUAAGGGACAUGCCAGUGAGACAACUUUCUUUUGACUGGGAUUCUAGACAUUAUACAGAAUUUAAGGAAGACUCAAACACUUCUCCAGUGCAGUCAUUUGAUGCAUAUGAUGAAUUAAACAAACCAGACCUACCUCUGACAGAGAAAUCUGAUACAAUCAGUAAUAUGCCUUUACCUGUCCCUCAGAGCCAGCAUAAGUGUCCAGAAUAUGGAAAAACACAUUCAAAUACAACUCAAAAUCGUAAUGCAAUGACGAGAGAACAACCGAAUGUACCAAAUGAUGAACUAAAAAUAAAAGAAGCUUUCGAUCCUGUUUCAGUAAAGAUCAAAAUGGAAACCGUGAACAAAAAUGAGCACAAAGGUGACAGACAGAAAAUUGACCCGAAGAGAAGAAGCAUGAGUCUGUCACAAUCCAUAAAUAAGAGUCCGUCAUUCUUAGAAUUAGCUGAUAAUGAUGAUGAAGAGUCCUUGGGAGAUAAUAUGGGGGAUCUGGAGUUGGUAGAGCCCUGGGAAGACAACAGUGGCACAAAACACUGGGUGACCAGUCCACUCCACUCUCCCAAAACACUUAAUUUUUUUCAGAGUCAGGAAGAAUUGCUGUCAUGUUUAAUGGGGGAAAGUUACAAAUCAAACAAGUAUGUCAGAGAGGGUAAGAAGAAUGAACUUGGGGAUGGUAACAGCACUGAAAUAUCUCCAGGGAAGAGUCUACAAGUUCAUCAUCACAAAAACACCCAUGAUGAAAAUACACAGCCACCAAAUUGGGAAAAUAUUCCAGCCAAUGAAGUGAAGCCAAAAUUUAAAGGAAAGGAUGAGAAGCUUUCAAAGCAGAAAAAUAACUGCUCUUUCCAAAGGCCAAAAAGACAAAGAUCCCAAGAUAGUUCUUGUAUGGAAAAUACAAAGGAAAAUUCUGUUACAAAGCAGAGGCCGCGUUCACUCAAUUUGAACCUGGAAACUCUAUACAUCAAGGAUGCUUCAGAGCAGGAAAACUUUGAUUUCCUGCCAGGUAUUUCACUCAACCAAAAAUCACUGCCCAAGUAUGGCUGCUCAUCGACUGAACUAAAGAAGUUCCUUUGUAAUCGUCAAGCUUCGAUGCGCAGGAACUCCGCUCCAGUCAGUGUCUCGUCAGUCAGGACAUCAUUCAUGAUCAAAACCUCCCAGGCCAACGCUGUGCCGGUGAAACUGCCAAAGAUUCAGUACAGUCAGAUACCUCAGCCGCUGCCGGCGAAUAAUGCCGACAGCUGUCCAAAUAAAGAGCUGGAAAAUGACCCAACAGGAAGCAGCAAAAUGAAUAAAGAAACUACUUCACCUCUACUCUGCAUCAGAAAUUCGGAUGUUAAUGUAGAGAGCAGUCAACCAGCAUUAGCAAACCCCGGGAAAGUUAGUAAUGGUUACCCGACAGUGUGGCCACAGAAACCAUCGGAGUUCAGAAACACCUCCCAUGGAGAUGCAUUCGGUGACUUUGCAAGACUUGAGCGACCUACGGUAAUGAAGAGGCCGUCCUUCAGGGCUCGGCCAAACAGACCCCAAAGCCUCAUUCUCUUCACUCCUCCCUUUCCCAGCAUGGACUGCCCACCAGCUGCAGAUGAUGACAAAAUUCUCCUCUCACCCAUCAAAAGCCCCACUGAGAUGAUGGCGUCUGACGUGCUUUCCAAGGAACUUGCGGAGUUUGAAGAUGUGUCUUUGCGUAGGAAAAUGACAAUGCCAAAGAGUGGCCAGAGGUUAGAAACUUCGACAAGUUGCUUCUAUCAACCACAAAGGAGAUCAAUGAUAUUUGACAGCAGAGGCAAUAGGCAGAAUGAAUAAUUUUGGCUGUUUAAUUUUGUUGGCCUUUUCAAGUAACGUGCAGUUAUCUGCAUGGGCAUUUGCUUAUAUGAAAUGCGCUGUUUACCUGUACCGUUAAUGACAUGCAUAAAACAAUACAAACCAUACAAGAUAUAUUUAUAUACCGUAUCGAUAUCUGCUGUUCAAGUCUAAGUGCCUUAUAAUGAAAAUAUUCUCUUUGUUGCACAUUAA